AUGAAGAGAGCAAUUGACGCCUUAGUUGUUUUAGCAGGUAAGGUUUCAGAAUAUAACGCAAAAAUGAACCCACAAUGUUCUAAAUGUAAAGCAGCAAUUAGGAAAUAUAACUACUCCGUCAAAGAGAUAGAAAGAAUGCGAAACGACUAUGCAGACUUAAAGAAAGAAGCAGAAAAACCAGCAGAAAAUAAAAUGGAUAUGUUAGAAUUUCUUAAUAAAAACUAUCCAACAGCAGAAGAUUUCCUUCUAUCUGACGUCAAGAAGAAGUAUAAAGAAACUUUCGGUAUCGUUAAAACAUUCGAUGUACUAAAAGAAGAAAUAGAAGCUACGAAAUUGUUCAGGAUUUCAAAUAUACAUCGUACAAUUCAUGUAAAACGCUUAUAA